ACGGAGAUACGAUAUUAAAUGUAUUCUUCUUGCAGAUAUUAACACUUUGUAACUAUCUUUCCAUAAAUCUAAUAAUAUUCUUGUGAUGGCAGUUGAAGGCUUAAAUUUAUAUCGUUGUUUUGUAAAAGUGUUUGGUUCAUCCUCUAACUCUCAGACAUUCUUGUUAAAAUCAUCUGCAUUUGCUUGGGGUAUUCCUCUCAUAUUAACAGUCGCAACAGCUGCAAGUAAAUCUAAUUACCUCGGACCAGAGUUUAAAGAUGAGUCUCAGAUUCUUGGAUGGACAUGUCACACAUGUUACCUUUAUGUUGCACGUAUUUGCAUUGACAAUAACAUUAGAUUGAAAUGUUUUUGGCUUCAUCCUCACACAUGGUACAACCGUUGGACGUAGGUGUCACGUUAAAAAAGUUUGGCUCAAAGUACUUACAAAAUUUUUUGCAGCUACGAAUAUCAACAGUUUAACAAAAGAAAGUUUCAUUUUUCUACAAGGAAGGCUUUUAGCUCCGAUUUUAUACAAAUAAAAGCAAUUGCUGAAUUUGAAAAUACUGGUUUGUUUCCCUGAAUAUUAGCAAAGUUGAUCAAUCAAUACUAAAAGUUGCUCAAAUAUUUCAAUUACAAUCUCGGCCUGUUUCAUCUUUUAUAUUCCAGCCUGCUUCAUCACCUUCAACCGAGCCUGCUUUAUUCUUCUCAUCCCAGCCUACAUCAUCAUUAAAAUCCAACAAUUUCCCAACUUCAAAAUUUAACAACAUCACCAGUGACUUCUGCUCAAUGUUACAACUCCUCACAGUAAGUCUCGAAGAUAAUAUCAAAAAUGUUUUACAGUGCCACCAUACUGACACACAAAAAUAUACUCAAAAGUCUUAACUUUCAGAGAAUUGAAGGCUUGUGGUGCUUGAGAAACUAAAGCAAGACAAUGUGGUCAAAAAGUCAAAGAAAUUAAAGAAACGCAAGUUGGAGUUCAGUCAAGUGUAGUUUCAAGUGAAUCUUUAGAUGAAACUUAACAAAAGCAACGUUCAAAAAAACCGAGACAAGACAAAGACAUCAAGAAGUUCAAAAAGUGUUGCAGAGUUGUGGGAAAAGCAUUGCCAAAUCAAUAAAACAUUUGGUAUCAGUGUGAAGUUUUUUGUUGCAAGUAUUGGGUUUGUGGAUCGUGCUUAAUUAAAAAAUACAAAAUUGGUGAAGAAUUUUUUGCAUGCAACAUCCCGCGGAUCUGCUUCUGACCAUGAAACAACUCAAAUUUACUUUGUUUGUAAAUAGUUUUAUUUGUGUAUUUGAUUAGUUUUUUUC